AGAUUCAAAAUACGUUAAACCCUUUGUGCCGUUACUAUACUCUCUCUCACAAUCUGCUUCAAAAACCCUAUUGUUCUCAUUCUGUUUUCUAAAACCGAUUUCAAAUUUCCACUCGCCCCCUUGCGCGUGUGCUUCACUGGCGCCGCUUUCUCGCGCCGUCGUUUCUGGCAUCCGUCGUGCUGCCCUUCCUAAUCACCUCCGUGCCACCGUAAAUCGUUCCUUCUCGUAUUGUGAUCCAUCUGGUGUUCCAUUCCUGCGCGCGUCGUUCUUUCCCGCGUUCUGUUCGUUCCCGCGUUUUGUUUCGUCCCAAGUUAACACUAUGAAUCACAUUGAAGAGGCUAAAGAAUAUGAUCACAGGAUUUUGGGAGCGAAGCAUGAACUUAUUGUUCAUCACGACUGGAGUCCGGGAAGCUGGUUUUUUCUUCCGCGUGGUGCACGGAUAUACAGCAAGCUUUUGGACUUCAUUCGAGAUCAAUACCGAGAUAGGGGCUAUCAAGAGGUUAUAUCCCCUAAUGUCUUCAACAAGGAUCUGUGGGUUCAAUCUAGUCACGCGGAAUGUUAUAAAAAGGAUAUGUUUGUCUUAGAGAUUGACAAACAAGAGUUUGGAUUGAAACCAAUGAAUUGCCCUGGGCACUGCUUGAUGUAUAAACACAAAGUUCGAUCCUAUAGAGAACUUCCUCUCCGUUUCGCUGAAUUUGGGGUUUUGCAUCGUAAUGAGGCCAAUGAUGCCCUGAGUGGAUUGACGAAUACAAGGAGAUUUCUGCAGGAUGAUGCACAUAUUUUCUGCAGGGAGUCCCAGAUAAAAGAUGAAGUCAGAAAAGCCUUGAAUUUCGUAGAUCAUGUUUAUCAGAUAUUUGGUUUCACAUAUGAACUGAAACUUUCAACGAGGCCAUGCGUUGGAGAUUUUGAAAAGUGGGAUAAGGCUGAAAAAGCUCUCAGAGAAGCUUUGGAUGAGUUUGGCAAGCCAUGGCAGUGGAAUAAAGAAGAUGGUGCAUUCUAUGGAGCAAAGAUAGACAUAACUGUGUGUGAUGCUUUGAGUAGGAAAUUCGAGUGUGGUACUCUACAGCUUGACUUCCAGCUUCCUGAAAAGUUUAAGUUGGAAUUCUCAACUGAAGAUGAAGCCAAAAUUGAGAGACCUGUUAUGAUACACAGAUCCAUACUAGGAUCCGUUGAACGAAUGUUCGCCAUACUUUUAGAACACUACAAGGGUAAAUGGCCCUUUUGGCUCAGUCCUCGUCAAGUAAUUUUGUGCACCGUGUCUGAGAAAUCAGAAGCUUUUGCACUGCAGGUACGUGAUUUGAUCCAUCAAGCAGGGUAUCAUGUAGAUGUUGAUUCAACUGAUAAAGAGAUUCAGAAGAAGGUACAAGAAGCUCGGUCAGCACAAUACAACUACAUCUUGGUUGUCGGAGAAGAGGAAGCUAAUAUCAAACAGGCUAAUGUCAAAGUCAGGGAUAAGACAGACAGUAGCCUUAUGAGUAUUGAGAACCUGCUCAAACAUUUCAAAGAAGAAGUUGCAGCUUUCCACUGAUAAUUUUUUUACUUUUUUAUUUUGAAUUUUUUAUUUGUUCUAAAUACAUUCUAAAUUCUAAAUUUUAUAUCUAAUUU